AUGAGACACAACCGGAAAAGAAGAGAGGAGGAGCAGCAGUAUUUCGGACGCUUCUGUGAGAAGUUUGACGUGUGUUUAAAUAACCCGUGUGAAAACAAAGGCAUCUGUCUGAGCGAUGGAACAUCAGAACUGCAUCACAGGACCUAUAAAUGUCUUUGUCCCCCACAUUUUACUGGGGUGACCUGCUCAGAAAUUAUUGGAAGAGAAAACUGUGAAAGGCUUUGUGAAGAUGGGUUGUGUGUUCAGGUGUCUGCAAGUUCCUUCAGCUGUAACUGUGACAAACAAAGCUCCGACCCACCUUGUCACCAGAGGAAGUGUGAUCCCAGUCUCUGCAGUAAUGGAGGCACAUGUGUGGAGGGACCCAGAGGAUUUAUCUGCCAUUGUCCUGAGACAUUCAGUGGCGUCCGCUGUGAGUUCCACACCACCUCAAACUGCUCGUCUUCAGCAUGUCAUCAGGAACCGCUGUGCACUCCCGGAGAGCGUAUGUCUCAGUGCACCAGUCGCCAACACUCUCUCUGCAGCCCUUCCCCGUGUCUCAACAAUGCCACCUGCGUGUCCAAGGGAGGUGACUACAUCUGCAGAUGUCUGAGAGGAUUUUCCGGGAAGAAUUGUGAAGAAAUAAUUGACUACUGCAGGCCGCUCAAUAUCAGCUGCCUAAAUGAGGGAUUGUGUUUGAGUGUAAUUGGUUCAUAUCAGUGCAUCUGUGCCCCUGGAUGGACUGGAGAGUUUUGUCAAUAUGCUGCUGAUGCUUGUCUGAUAAAUGCAAAGGGCUGUGUGAACGGUGCCACAUGCAUCUCCACCAACCAGCCUUCAGAACCUCCUGAGUUUUUCUGCAAGUGCCCCAAUGGCUUCACAGGAACCAACUGUGAGAAGGAGAUCAAUGAGUGCGACUCCAUUCCCUGUCAACACAAUGGCACAUGUUCAGAUUUGGUGGGAGGCUACAAAUGCAAAUGUCCUACAGGUUUUGACGGGAUGAACUGUGAAGUGGACAUCGAUGCAUGCUCUCUGCCCGACAGCACUUGUCCACCACAGACUGACUGCUUGGAUCUUCCAAAUGGCCUUCAGUAUAUGUGUCGAACACCUUGUCCUGCAAGCUUACAGCCUUGUGCCAAUGGGGGGCGCUGUGUGUUGAAUGAUGCCAGUAGCUACACUUGCAUCUGCACAUCUGGUUGGUCUGGUCAGAACUGCCACAUAAAUGUCAAUGACUGCGCCCAGCACUGGUGUCAAAAUGGAGGCACUUGUGUGGAUGAGAUUGAUGGCUAUAGCUGCCUCUGUCCCAAAGGAUACACGGGCCUUUUCUGUGAAGAAGACAUUGAUUUCUGCGUGGGCCAUUCCUGCUCUGAACACAGUGUUUGUGUGGAUGGCUGGUCUAACUUCACCUGUCGCUGCAUGUAUGGAUAUGAAGGGCCGCUGUGUGAACGAGAGACAGACGAAUGCCGCAGCUCGCCGUGUGCAGCCGGAGCCACCUGUGUGGACCUAAUCAGUGAUUAUCAGUGUCACUGUCCCCCAGGGUUUGAGGGGAGGAUUUGUUCAGAGAAUGUAAAUGAUUGUUGGUCACAGCCGUGUCUAAAUGGAGGAAUCUGUGUGGAUCUGACUAAUGACUACACUUGUCAUUGUCCUCUUGGAUUCAAGGGGAAAGACUGCUCCGUGGAUAUUGAUCUUUGCUCUUUUGGAAUAUGCAGCGCACACACAUUAAUCUGCACAGAGUCCCGGGAUGGACAAAGCGUUUCCUGCUUGUGUGAGAGAGGGUUCUUUGGGUCAUUUUGCGAAGUAAAUCUCAAUGAGUGUGAAUCGAAGCCCUGUCAAAAUGGAGGAACAUGUGUGGAUGGGAUUGACCAAUAUCAGUGCGCCUGUCUAGAAGGGUACGGAGGGCUGAACUGUGAAAUCAACUUUGAUGAAUGUGCCUAUGGAUACUGUGCCAAUAACUCUACAUGUAUUGACCUGGCUGGAGACUAUAAGUGCAUCUGUCCUCCGGGUUACACUGGGUGUGCACUGGAAGUUGAGUACUGCAAAAAUGGAGGAACGUGUUUAUUCAACUUGUUAGGAGAAACACUCUGUGUCUGUCCUCUAGGAUACUACGGCUUUGACUGCUCCUCAUCUGCAAACCACUGUGCAUCUAAUCCAUGUGACUCUGAAGGGGCUCUCCAAUGUGAAGAUCUGGUGAGCACUUAUACAUGUGUGUGUCGACAUGGGUACGCAGGGCUGCAAUGCACAACACCUAUCGGCCACUGUAUUGACAACCUCUGCCAGCACGGAGCCACUUGUUUUACUGGGCAAUACUGCGAGGCCAAUAUUGAUGAUUGUGAAGGUAACCCAUGUGGUUCUCUGAGUAUUUGUAAAGAUGCUGUCAAUGGAUUUGAAUGCUUUUGUGCUCCGGGUUUUGUUGGACCAAACUGUGAGGUUGAGGUGAAUGAAUGCCUCAGUAAUCCUUGUGUAAACAGUGGCUCCUGUGUCGAUGAACUAAAUUCUUACAGCUGUUUAUGUCUUCCAGGAAUAUCAGGAAGGUUCUGUGAAGUCAACAUCGAUGAAUGCGUUUCCUCUCCUUGCCGGAACAAUGCCACAUGUGUUGACCUUGUCCUUGGCUUUGAUUGUGUCUGCAUCCCAGGCUACACAGGUGAGAAUUGUGAAGUUGACAUUGAUGAGUGCGAGUCUCUCCCCUGCAAGAAUGGUGCCACGUGCAUUGACCUGCCCGGUAAUUACUUCUGCCAAUGUGUGGCUCCAUUUAAAGGCCAUAAUUGUGAGUUCUUGCCCUGUGAGGCCAGUAAUCCCUGUGAGAAUGAUGCUGUGUGCGUGGAGGAGUUGGAUCAGGACCAUUUCCCUUUGGGUUUCCGCUGUCGCUGUCGCCAGGGCUUCGAUGGCCCCCGCUGUGAAAUCAAUGUGGAUGAAUGCAGCUCCAGCCCCUGUUUGCACGGUUUCUGCUAUGAUGCGGUGGAUGGCUUUUAUUGUCUGUGCAACCCUGGGUACGCCGGAUCCCGAUGUGAUCAGGACAUCGACGACUGUGUAAACCAUUCGUGUAGUCGGAACUCGGUGUGCAGAGACCUUCACCUGACGUAUGAGUGUGUGUGCCACUCUGGCUGGGAAGGGAAGUUCUGCCAAAAAGAAAGUGAUGAAUGUUUAUCGCAGCCGUGCAAAAACAACGCCACCUGCACGGAUCUCCUGGACGCUUUCAAGUGA